UGCAUUUAGUUUUAUUUGCAUUCAAGAGCAGUUGGAGGCCACGGAAGGAGAGUUGUAUGGCAUUGAAGCUGGAAGUUAGUUAACACAGUGUCCAAAGAAGGGCCAGAAGUUUACAGAAUGGUGUCGUCUGUGUAGAGGUGGAUCAGAGAAUCACCAGCAGCAAGAGCGACAUCGUUGAUGUAUACAGAGAAGAGAGUUAGCCCGAGAAUUGAACCCUGUGGCACCCCCAUAGAGACUGCCAGAGGUCCGGACAACGGGUCCUUUGAUUUGACACACUGAACUCUAUCAGAGAAGUAGUUGGUGAACCAGGCGAGGAAGUAAUUUGAGAAACCAAGGCUGUUGAGUCUGCCAAUAAGAAUGUGGUGUUUGACAGAGCCGAAAGCCUUGGCCAGGUCGAUGAAGACGGCUGCACAGUAAUGUCUCUUAUCGAUGGCGGUUAUGAUAUCGUUUAGGACCUUGAGCGUGGCUGAGGUGCACCCAUGACCAGCUCUGAAACCAGAUUGCAUAGCGGAGAAGGCACGGUGGGAUUCGAAAUGAGCUCGUGGACAAAUGUAUAGGUUCCCGAAUCCAUAUAGUCAUGAAAAACGACAAAGAAAUUGUCGGCACCCUAUUGGGUUUCGAUGAUUUUGUCAACAUGGUGUUGGAGGACGUGACAGAAUUUGAAAUCACACCGGAGGGAAGAAGGAUAACCAAACUGGACCAGAUCCUACUUAACGGCAACAACAUCACCAUGCUCAUACCUGGAGGCGAAGGGCCUGAAGUAUGAAAAAAGAAGCAGAGUUUUUAUCUGAAACAUUUUAUGUUCUUGUGGAUGUAUACUUGCCUUCCCAUCAGUACUUACUUUAGCCAGUUUGUGAUAAUGUUAUAUUUUGGGUUCUUUCUUUCAGUUUUGAGAAGAUUUUUGUAACAAGUGUUUUCCCUAAUGAAGCCUUGAUAAUGUGUGUACAGCGCAACAGGUGGUUUGACCUUUGACAUGUAAACCAUUUCUACCAUGUAGUGGAACUACACAUUUUUUUCUUAUAAAUAAAUAACAAAAUAAGUGUCA